GUGCGGUGCGCGGCGGCGGCGGGACGGCACGGGACGGCGGCAUGCUGCCUGCUCUAUGCACCGCGCUGGCGGGGCUGCUGCUGCUGCCGCUGCUGCUGCGCCGUACCUGGCCCUACUUCUUCCAGGACCUACGCUUCGCCCUCACGAUGGCGCGGGUAGCCGUGAGGGCGCGGAGAGCCGGUGCCCGCCGCCCCGCCAGCACCCUACUAGACGUCUUGGGGCGGCGGGCGCGGCGGACCCCGCACAAGCCGCUGCUGCUCUUCGGGGCCGAGGUCUGCACCUACGAGCAGGUGGAGCGGCGGAGCUGCCAGGCGGCGCGGGCGCUGCGCGACGCGGCGGGGCUGCGGGCGGGCGGCUGCCUGGCCCUCUUCAUGGGCAACCGGCCGGCCUACGUCUGGGUCUGGCUGGGCUGCGCCAGGCUGGGCUGCGCCGUGGCUUGCCUCAACUCCAACAUCAGGGGCGCCUCCUUGCUGCGCUCCUUCCAGAGCAGCGCGGCCACCGUGCUGUUGGCGGCCCCAGAAUUGAAGGAAGCUGUUGAAGAAAUACUGCCAGUCUUGAAGAAAGAAAAUGUUAAAGUUUAUUACUUAAGCAAGACAUCUGCUACAGAAGGAGUUGAGAGCUUUCUUGAUAAAGUAGAUGCUGCUUCAGAUGAGCCUACUCCGUUGUCUUGGAGAUCAGAUACAACCUUUAAAACUCCUGCCAUGUACAUUUAUACUUCUGGUACUACAGGUCUUCCCAAGGCUGCAGUGAUUAGCCAUGAACGCAUAAUGCUAGCUUGUGGUUUGUUUGAUGCUGGCAGUGUUACCUCAGAAGAUAUUGUGUAUACUGCUCUACCACUCUAUCAUAGCUCUGCCCUCCUCGUUGGGGUCCAUGGAUGUAUCAUGAAAGGUGCAACUAUUGUUCUGCGUGCCAGAUUUUCAGCAACCCAGUUCUGGGAUGAUUGCAGGAAAUAUAACGUAACAGUGAUACAGUAUAUUGGGGAAGUGCUUCGGUAUCUAUGCAGUGUGCCACAGAGAAACAACGAUCGGGAUCACAAAGUCAGACUUGCCAUAGGAAAUGGAAUAAGGGCUGAUGUUUGGAGGGAAUUUAUCCGAAGAUUUGGAAAUAUUAAUAUUUUGGAGUUUUAUGCAUCAACUGAAGGAAACAUUUCUUUUGUUAAUUACACUGGAAAAAUUGGUGCAGUGGGAAGAGUAAAUUGCCUGCAGAAGAAAAUCUUACGCUAUGAACUGAUUAAAUAUGACGUAGAGAAAGAUGAACCAGUCCGAGAUGAAAAUGGAUACUGCAUAAGAGUUCCCAAAGGUAAACCUGGACUACUGAUCUGCAAAAUCACCCAAUAUGCACCAUUUAGUGGCUAUGCAGGAGCAAAACAGCAAACAGAGAAGAAGCAAUUAAGAGAUGUAUUCCAAAAAGGGGAUUUAUAUUUUAAUAGUGGCGACCUUUUAGUGAUUGACAAUGAUAACUUCAUUUAUUUCCAUGAUCGAACUGGAGACACAUUCCGGUGGAAAGGGGAAAACGUUUCUACAACAGAAGUUGCAGAUGUUUUAGGACUGAUUGACUGCAUUGAAGAAGUUAUUGUAUAUGGAGUAUCUGUUCCAGGUUAUGAAGGCAGAACAGGAAUGGCAUGUAUUCGACUAAAGGAAAACUGGGAAUUUAACGGAGAAAGUACUUACAGACAUGUUAGCACUCACCUUCCGAACUACGCAAGACCUCGUUUUAUAAGGAUUAAGAGUGCCAUUGAACUUACAGCAACUUUUAAGUACCGUAAAGUACAACUAGUGGAGGAGGGUUUCAAUCCAGCAGUCAUCAAAGAUCGCCUGUAUUUCCUGGAUGACAAAGAAAACCUGUAUGUACAAAUGACACAGGACAUGUAUAACUCAGUAAAAAACCACAUCUUCAAAUUGUGA